AUGACAGGACGUGGAAAAGGAGGCAAAGGGCUCGGAAAGGGUGGUGCGAAAAGACAUAGAAAAAUCCUACGGGACAAUAUUCAAGGAAUAACUAAACCUGCCAUACGCCGUCUGGCACGCAGAGGAGGCGUCAAGCGUAUUUCAGCUAUGAUAUAUGAAGAAACCCGUGGAGUCCUCAAAACUUUCCUCGAGGGGGUUAUUAGAGAUGCUGUGACUUACACUGAGCAUGCCAAGAGGAAGACAGUCACAAGUUUAGAUGUUGUCUACGCGCUAAAGAGGCAAGGGAGAACCCUAUACGGGUUUGGAGGUUAA